UUAAAAACAGGUGGACCUCGGCGGAUGCUGGUCAAUCGUCGCUCGGCAAGAGAAGCCGGCGCGCGCACGCUGCAAACACAAGUAGUACGCGUGGCCGAACAACCGGCAGUCGUUCUUCUUCAUCGGAGGACCUGGGAUACCCGGUGCCAGAUCGGAGACCGUGAAAAGGACACGAGACACCGCCACGAGGGGUUACUUUUUUUAGGGGAGCGGGGGAGAAGGACAGUUUUUACACCUAAACCUUUUCUGUCCCGUGGACGACGAACUUCACUGCUGACACGUUCAAGUCGCUGACAGUUGUUCGUUCUUUUUUUGUUUCUUUUUUUGUUUUGUUCGCGGUUUUGUUCCACGACGUGCCAAGAAGAGACAUCCACUGACCACCGCCUUGAUCGACGCCUUUCUCUCGUCGCCUGAGACGCAAGAACAACAUGGCGAUCCCCCGGAGACUGGCCUUGCCCGUGGCGCUCAUUUUGGCGGCAGCAGUGGCAGCCUGUCUGAUCCCCUUGGCCGAGAGCAGAGCUCUGACAAUCAAGAAGAGGGCUGCUUUUUACAUCGCCAACGACACCGUGUGCAACGUCGAUGGCGUGCUCUACCGGAGCGGCGACCCCAUCCCCACGGAGGACCCGUGCGAAACAUGCAAGUGCCGUCCACCUGGUUUCGCCUGCACGCUCCGCGAGUGCGAGGUGAGGCCCAACUGCAAGGCUGUCCGCCGAGAGGGUCAGUGCUGCCCGGAGUACCACUGCGGCUGCGAGCAGGACGGCCAGUUCUACAAGGAUGGUGAAGUGGUUCCCAGCCCGCAGAGCCCGUGCUACGUGUGCUACUGCCAGGGCAGCUCCAUCAGCUGCUCCCUGGUCGCUUGCCAGUUCCGAGGCGACUGUGAGCCGCGAUACGUGGACGGCGAGUGCUGCCCGCGCUACGACCACUGCCCGCCCACAGAGGACCCAUUGAGCACCACAACCGUCCAACUGCCAUGGUCGCCCUUCACGAGCCCGCGCACGACGGGCAGGUUCUUCACCACGCGGUUCCAACCGACGACGAUUCCCGGUGCCGGCCUGUCCACCCACGUUCCUGGUGGAAGCACGAAACAUGGCGUUACGCGCUUCGAACCGACGGCCGUUCCUGGUGCUGGCUUGUCCAGCCGUGCUCCCGGUGGAAUCACGAAGGAUGGUGUGCUGAUUACACGGACCGCCUUCCCAACGUCCACUGAGUCUACGAGAACCACUGAGCGUAUCAACCCGGAGCAGACUGCUUUCCCCAGCUCGCUGUACGACGACUUGUCUUCCCCGCAACCUGUUCCUGACGUCACCAACCCUGUGAAGAGGUAUACGACUCACCUGCCACCACCAGAAGAAACACAAGCCACCGCCGGCGCUGCAGGCGGAGCGCAGAGCACCGACUCCGUGAAGCCACUGGACGCUGCCGUGCAGAGUCAGGACGUUGAUGACAAGCUCAAGUCGACAGUGGGCAAGGACGCUACUGAAACCUCUGUUGCAGUCGGCGGCAACAAUGAAGGGUCUCGCACCGUCACACGGCACAUUCUCCCUGCAACCAUUGUGCCUGGUGCAGCAGUUCCCGUGGUUCCAGCCGUGCUCCCAGAAGCGGGACCAGUUGUGAUCGCCAACGUUCCUGUUCACCCAGUGGUCACAACUGUCGGGCUCGGAACUGUUCAGCCGACCGUCACCGGAACUGUGUUGCAUGUUACUGGAGAUGUCGGGGCGACACAGGGCACCGGGUUACCAGGAACAGCAGCAGCGGGUGGAGCCCUCGCCACGUCUGCCGGCACCGUUGUAGGAGGAGCUGAGCAUUCUGGAACUGCCCUUGUUGAUCAAACCAACCAGGGCGCUGCGGUCGACACUGCUGCAACCACGAGUGCUUCAGUCGGAGACGCUACACACACCCUGGCAGGUGGCGACGCCACAACUCACGACGGCGCUUCCUCUCCAACAGUCACUGCUACUUCCGAGCUGACCAACGGUGCUUCCACCACAGGUGCAGUAACGGAUGCUUCAUCAGUAACAGCAGCAACCAACAACGGUGCAACCGCUGACACUCACGUUGACACUACCGCUAUGGGUGACGUUCAGGCUAGUGGUGAUAGCACGAGCCACACAGACGUUGCGCUGGACAGCCACUCUGGCGGAAUGGACCACACUGAUGCCACUUCUGGCAUGCCUACUGGCAGCGGAAUUCAAGUAAUGGUGACAGCAGGCGGCCAGACCGAUGGGGCCGAUCACACUACACCGGAAACCGUUACUGCUUCGCAGACACUGAGCCCAGACGCUGCAUCCUCCUCUUCGAAGGAAACCACUGUCACUUCGGGCUCAACUGACGCUACCAGCACCAUAGCAGGAAACGUCCCAGACGCGACUGCCACUCACAUGGCGGAAGCCGGUACAGCUGAAGCCACCGAUCUCUCUUCUGGCACUGACGCUAGUAGCACGGCUGGACAUCAAAGCGACGCCCAUGCUGGGGACACUGCAACCACAGGCAGCGAUUCUACUCCUCCACUCAUGCUAGCCGAUGCCGCCCCUCCAUCGGCUUCUGGUGACUCCUCUGCGGCAAGUUCGACCGAUUCUACACCAGGCACGACUGCUGGCGACGCAGCCUCUGCAGUGACUUCGGGUGAUGCUGCUCCAGCAACGACUUCCGGUGACGCUGCUCCAGCAACGACUUCCGGUGAUGCUGCUCCAGCAACGGCUUCCGGUGACGCUGCUCCAGCAACGGCUUCCGGUGAGGCUUCCGGUGACGCUGCUCCAGCAACGACUUCCGGUGACGCUGCUCCAGCAGCGGCUUCCGGUGACGCUGCUCCAGCAACGACUUCCGGCGACGCUGCUGCAGCAACGACUUCCGGUGACGCUGCUCCAGCAACGACUUCCGGUGACGCUGCUCCAGCAACGACUUCCGGUGACGCUGCUCCAGCAACGACUUCCGGUGACGCUGCUCCAGCAACGACUUCCGGUGACGCUGCUCCAGCAACGACUUCUGGUGACGCCGCCCCAGCAACGACUUCCGGUGACGCCGCCCCAGCAACGACUUCCGGUGACGCCGCCCCAGCAACGACUUCCGGUGACGCCGCCCCAGCAACGACUUCCGGUGACGCUGCCCCGGCAACGACUUCCGGUGACGCUGCCCCGGCAACGACUUCCGGUGACGCUGCCCCGGCAACGACUUCCGGUGACGCUGCCCCGGCAACGACUUCUGGUGAUGCUUUCCCUGCAACGACUUCCGGUGACGCUGCCCCUGCACUUACUUUGGGCGAGGCCGCCUCUGCGCCUGCCUUGGGUGAUGCUGCCACUACACCGGCUUCCAGUGAAUCUACCACCGCAACCAGCACUGGAGACUCCGCGCCAGUAACCGCAACCGGUGAUUCCGCCCCAGUGACAUCGGGUGAUUCUACACUUGCAACGGGUACUGGUGAAUCUAGCCCAGAAACUACAACUGGUAACUCAGCCACGUCAAACACAGCCGAGGUUUCGGUCUCGGCAGCAACUGCUGGUGACUCUGCAUCUGGAAACGGAGACAUCAACCCUACUUCCGGCCUUGCCAACUCACCUGAUGUUACUACAGGAAGCAUUUCUGCUGUUGGGCACGAUGAUUCGGCGACACCGACUACUGUGACAAGCGUUGCUGAUCAUGCCAGUGAAACCACCCCCACGUCGACCUCAGGUUCCGAUGCCAGCAGUGAACCUGCUCCUGCUUCUACAGAAAGCUCUACUGGGAGCGCAGGCGCUGAUUCAACAAAGGGCGACGCUACAACUACUGCUAGUCCUAGUUCAGGUAUGGAACCCGGCCCAGCAACGUUUGAAGGCCGAGGCUCCGUUCAAGACGGAGAAGUUGGUUCCGGUUCUAGUGAUGCCACACCAGUUCCCCCUGCGUCUUCGGAAUUGACUACGCCAGCAGCUGGUCCUUCCCCUUCCCUCACUGAAGAAAAAGCUAUCGAACAAGAUAGCAGCAGCGAAUCAAGUGCUAUGAAACCAGCAGAAGAAGGAGCCGGCCAAACAACGACCACGGCAGGAUUAGCGGUACCAGAGGCUGGUUCGGCCACUACGGGAGCUGAAUCAGUGACGCCAUCAUCAACCGAGGCGGUGGCUUCCGGAGAAAGCCAACCAAGCACGCCAGCUCCAGCUGCAGAGGAACAUCCUCUCGGUGAUGAGCCUCACCACGACGAAGGCGCGGUCGAGAGUACCGAGGCUCCCAAGAAGGAAGACGAGCCAGCUACUGACGCUCCCGCCUCUGCACCCGUUGACGAGCACCCACAGGGUGACGCCCCAGUUGUUCCCGAAGUCAAGACUGAAGAAAACGAAGCUGUGCCACCCAAGGACAGCAAUGAAUCCGGCGCGCCGCAGCGGGAAGAGAAAUCGAACGACGUCUCAGACAGCGCGGGCCACGAUGACUCAACCACACCAGCAGAUCAAGGACCGACACCCGAUGCUUUCGGAGCCGGCAGUGGAGCCGACAGCACAUCAUCUGCGGCGCCAAAGAGUGAGGACACCACCAUGUCUGAAAACGUAGAACGUGAACAGCAUCCAGGAGGAGAACCAGAUGCUACAACCACACAGCCACAGGAAACGCCCACAACUACGGCCGAAGCACCGCACCAUGACGAGGACGAUGACUCCGGCAGAACGCCAGUCACUGAGACGCCAAUUGUGCCGGAGGAGGCGCACACAGUAUCACCAGACAACGAAGGAGAGAAACCCGAAGCGUCCACUGAGCCCCCUCAGAACGAUGCACCUCCACAUGACGAGGCAACUCCAGGUGACAGCGCUGCGCCACACGACAACGGAGCGGCUCCGGGUACCACUGCCCCAGCCGAAGGAGCGAGCGGUGGGGAUUUGCCGCCCGUUGGUGCUGCUCCCGCGGCGCCAGAACCAGCCCCAGAACCAGCCCCAGAACCAGCCCAGAACCAGCCCAGAACCAGCACCACAACCUGCACCACAACCUGCACCAGCGCCAAAGCCAAGUGGUAGCAAUGGAGGCGGCGCUCACGGCCACGAGCACAAACCACAUGUACACCACGAUUACGGAGGAAGGGUUCCUCCCACGAUUGAACAGCUUCUGGCACAGCUGAGCCCGGACACAAGGCGGCAGUACGAG